GUUGAGUUUCAAACCGAGACACUGGUUUCUUCUAGUUAAGAUAAAGCGCUCUGAGUGUUUAACGGUGAACAUGGCAUAAUCGGCAGUGACAUCCCACAACCUGAAGGCAUGACAGUUCAGGAGGACAAGUGGACUUGGGGCACAUGGAAAUGUGUGCCCAGAAAAAGGAAACCUGUCAUUCUUUAAAAAUAGGAAGAAAUCCUUCCACACCAAAAUGGGUACAUUCUGCUCAGUUAUCAAGUUUGAAAAUCUUCAAGAAUUAAAGAGACUGUGUCACUGGGGUCCCAUCAUAGCCCUCGGUGUUGUAGCAAUAUGUUCUACAAUGGCCAUGAUUGACUCUGUAUUGUGGUAUUGGCCCUUGCAUACAACUGGAGGAAGCGUGAAUUUCAUCAUGUUGAUAAAUUGGACAGUCAUGAUUCUUUAUAAUUACUUCAAUGCCAUGUUUGUGGGACCUGGCUUUGUCCCUCUGGGAUGGAAACCGGAAAAUUCUCAGGAUAGCAUGUAUCUCCAGUAUUGCAAAGUCUGCCAGGCGUACAAGGCACCCCGCUCACAUCACUGCAGAAAGUGCAACAGGUGUGUGAUGAAGAUGGACCAUCACUGUCCUUGGAUCAACAACUGUUGUGGCCACCAAAAUCAUGCUUCAUUCACACUUUUUCUCCUUUUAGCACCACUGGGUUGUAUUCAUGCUGCUUUGAUUUUCGUUAUGACUAUGUACACACAGCUUUAUAAUCGGCUCUCCUUUGGGUGGAACACGGUAAGGAUUGACAUGAGUGCAGCCCGGAGAGACCCUCUUCCCAUUGUUCCUUUUGGAUUAGCUGCAUUUGCUGCCACCUUGUUUGCCUUGGGAUUAGCUAUAGGAACAACCAUCGCUGUGGGCAUGCUGUUUUUUAUUCAGAUGAAAAUAAUUCUCAGAAACAAAACUUCUAUUGAAUCAUGGAUUGAAGAGAAGGCUAGAGAUCGAAUUCAGUACUAUCAACUGGAUGAAGUCUUUGUUUUUCCUUAUGAUUUGGGAAGCAGGUGGAAGAACUUUAAACAGGUAUUCACAUGGUCAGGGGUGCCUGAAGGAGAUGGACUGGAGUGGCCAGUAAGAGAACGCUGUCAUCAGUACAGCUUAACAAUAGAACAGUUGAAACAAAAAGCAGACAAGAGAGUCCGAAGUGUUCGCUAUAAAGUCAUAGAAGAUUAUAGUGGAGCCUGCUGUCCUUUGAGUAAAGGCAUCAAAACUUUGUUUACAAGCCCCUGCACUGAAGAACCUCGAAUAAGGCUACGGAAGGGGGAGUUCAUUUUAGCCACAAGAGGCUUACGAUACUGGUUGUAUGGAGACAAGAUUCUUGACGAUUCUUUUAUAGAAGGUGUUUCAAGAAUAAGGGGAUGGUUCCCUAGAAACUGUGUGGAAAAGUGUCCCUGUGAUGCUGAAAUGGAUCAAGCCCCAGAGAGUGAGAAGAAAAAUAGAUAACCACUGUUAGAGUGAAAUGCUUCUGUAAGCCCCGUCCAGUACUUGAAAACUGUACAUACGACUAAAGAAUUAUGCAAGGAGCCGACUCUGGUUCCGGUGUCCUUUCCUCUGAGGUGCCCAAUGCCAUGAUUGCAGUAUUCCUCUUACCACUUGGAAAUGGAGAAGCCAUUCUGCAUAUGCCUUUGGAUUCCUACCCCUCUCCCCACAAAAGGGAAAGCACUUCACCCAAGGAAGUUAAUGGCAUUUCUCUAGGGGUUUUUUUAUGCACACUAUGGACCUCACCUGCAGACACAGUGCCCCCUUUUCCAAAGCACCUGCAUGUGAUGCUUUUAUUCUGUUUUCUCCUCUAUUGAUGUUUCUUAGGUAAUAUUCUAGAUACUAGAAUUUAAGUUGUCAGAUUCAAUAUAUGCUCAGAUUUUGUUACCUUUUAAUAAUGCAGAUUUUGUCAAAUAAAGAUCGAUGACUGUU